AUGAAGUACAGCCUCGCAUCUGCAGCCCUGCUGCUCUCCGCCCUCACGGACGCGACCCCCCUCGCCCGUCGCCAGGCCUCCUCCUCCACCUCCGAGACCGUCUCCGUCCCCGCGGCCCCAGCUUCAACCCCGCAAGCCCCCUACGACUGGUCCGCCGGCUGGCAAAAGACCUUCCCCAUCCACCAGUCCUGCAACUCGACCCUCCGCGCCCAGCUCGAGGUCGGCCUCGCCGAGACCCAGCAGCUCGCCGCCCACGCCCGCGACCACAUCCUCCGCUUCGGCAACAGCUCCGAGCACGUCCGCAAGUACUUUGGCAAUUCGUCCACCGCCACUCCCGUCGGCUGGUACGACCGCGUCGUCAACGCCGACAAGAACGGCAUGACCUUCCGCUGCGACGACCCGGACCGCAACUGCGCUACUCAGUCCGGCUGGGCGGGCCACUGGCGCGGCGCCAACGCCUCUCAGGAGACCGUUAUCUGCCCUCUCUCCUUUGAGAUCCGCCGCCCCCUGACUUCCGUCUGCGGCCUGGGCUACAACGUCGCCAACUCUAAGCUCAACACCUUCUGGGCCACUGACCUCCUCCAUCGCGUCUUCCACGUGCCCCUCAUCUCCGAGGGCGCCGUCGAGCACUACGCCGAAGACUACGCCGAGGCCCUCGAGCUCGCAAAGAACAACGCCACCUACUCCGUCGUCGACAGUGAUGCUCUCCAGUACUUCGCCAUUGACGUCUGGGCCUACGAUAUCGCUGCCCCCGGCGUUGGAUGCCCCGGCGAGCUCGAGGAGGAGGACCACGACCACGAUGCUACGCCUACGACUACCGCUGCUGCUGGCGCCGCUACCACGACUGCCGCCGCGACCUCCAGUGCUCCUCAGGAGUGCCACACCCACGCUGACGGCGUUCAGCACUGCACCUAA